AUGUUAUGGUGGCAGCGUCCAACUGCUGGGCGUAGGACAGUCGACACCGAGGAACUCACCUGGCACUGUUUUGUGACUGUUGCAGCUAACUGCGACCUGCUGUUUAAUGGCGAACCAGUCUCCAGCUCCAGUUGGAGUAGCGCCCUCAAUGCGUCCAGGUACGUGGGCGACCUCGUGGACACCACGGCAGCCCAGGCAGAGUACCUGGUGCUCACCACCAAGGAGGUGACCGCCUUCGCUGUCGACAGCCCGUCCGACUACAUCGACGUGGUUUUCGAUGAGGCCGCCAGCACGCUGAAACUCGUCGUCAAGGAGGAGUUUGCCAGUUAUGAAGAGAAAAUGAUCUCUGCAUCAGAUGCGGGCUUCAAGAUUACGGUGAAGGACACGAACAACCAUGCGCCAGAGUUCGACAAAUCCAGCUACCCGUUCGAGCUACCUAUGCCGCUGCCUUCAGACAUCGAUCUCUCUUGCCUUGUGGACGUGAUCAAGGUGACGGACAUCGACUUCAGCAAUUCGGACAUCACCAUCGACUUCGACGAAGAUGGAGCCAAACUGUUCCGUGGAGAAGCGACCUACCUGGGAAGCAGGAACUACGAGAUUCACGUGUACAGCACGACGGCUAUCGAACUCAAGGAGACCACAACCUUCACGAUGACGGCAAAGGACAACGGCUCUCCUCAGCUUUCGUCUACUCAGGCCACCAUCACCAUCAACGUGAACCAGCAGACGUCGCCCCCCACGGCUCCCAGGUUUCAGGAUGCUGCGUCUCACAAGACAGUCGCCGCGGACGAGAUAGUGCCUGACACUGAGGUAGCUUCGGUGACAAUUUCGGAAGGCUACGACGCGGAUGUUAAAGUGACUCACUAUACUUUAGAUGAAACAGGCGUGACCCCGACGAGCGACGCGUUCGCCGUGGGCGUGACGGCCGCCUCGGACGGCACCGCCACCGUCAGCCUGCGCUGGGCGGAGGGCGUGGCGCCGGAGGCCCUGCAGGACCUCAAGUACGCCCUCGUCGUGCUGCAGGCGACACGUGAGAGGGACGUCUCGACCAACCAGGUUGCCACCACCGUGGUACAUCUGUCGCUGCCGGGACUGCAGGAUCCGACGACGACAGCAUGCCCGACUCCAGAGCCGUGCCCCACGACGGUGGAGCCCACGCCGUGUCCUGAACCGGAACCCUGCCCCACCACACUGCCUCCGGAGCCAUGCCCCACCACGGUGGAGCCCACGCCGUGUCCUGAACCGGAACCCUGCCCCACCACACCGCCUCCAGAGCCAUGCCCCACCACGGUGGAGCCCACGCCGUGUCCUGAACCGGAACCCUGCUCGACAGCAGCGCCGAGCUCCACCGCUGAACAGUGCCCGGUGUGCCCGGAAUGCUCCUCGACAGCUGAGCCUACAACCUGCCCUACCAGCUGUCCCACGAAUCCUUCGUGGCCCACGACGCCGUACCCAGUGUGCAGUUCUUCGAGUAUCACGGAUCCGUGUAUCUGUGAAGCUCCUUCACAGUGCACGUCGGCCGAGACCACCUCUCCUGGUACAGUAUUGCUCGCACCCUCCGCCACAUGUGUCCCCACACACUAA